AUGUACGAAAAACCUCUAGGCGUGAAUUGGGACAUGCCGAGAAAUAACAAGGUGCUAGGGCUCACCCAGCGGCAGAAGUAUUCACAGGAAUCGUUGGAGGAAGCAGUCACCGAUGUUUGCAGAGUCACCGAUAAUCAAGAAAUUUUGUUGUGGAAAUCAUCUGCAAAAAGCCAUGGGACGAGGCUGCACGUCUCUCCAGGGACGUCUGUGACAGAAGCUGAUCUUUCCAGAGUACGCAAAACUGUGUCGCGGGAGGAACAGGACCCUGUCGCUCCUGAAUCUGAUGACCCAGACCUUGACUUUGAUGCACCAGCAAAUCCAUCAACCUUCCAUUAG